AUGCGUAGUAGUUACCGUGUUUGUCCAACAUAUGGCUCUGGUCUAACAGCGCCACCACCAGUUCAGCCUAACACAUCGCACUCUCCAGAGAAGCUGUGUGUCCCCCUCGCCGCCAGGGGGCAGGCGUUGCAGAAGAAGGGCCCACAUAAAGGCCAGCGUCACUGUGGCACUUCCUCUUUCUCGUGCGGCCUCAGAGAUCAUCUGAAAAUGGUCCGCUACUCUCUCGACCCCGAGAACCCGACCAAAUCAUGCAAGGCGAGGGGUUCCAAUCUGCGGGUUCACUUUAAGAACACCCGUGAGACAGCUCAGGCCAUCAAGGGCAUGCACAUCCGUAAGGCCAACAAAUAUCUGCGCGAUGUGGUUGUCAAGCAUCAGUGUGUCCCAUUCCGCCGCUACAAUGGAGGUGUAGGACGGUGUGCUCAGGCCAAGCAAUUUGGUUGGACCCAAGGACGUUGGCCUAAGAAAAGUGCAGAGUUUCUCCUUCACAUGCUAAAAAAUGCAGAGAGCAAUGCUGAACUUAAGGGAUUGGAUGUGGACUCUUUGGUCAUUGAACACAUUCAAGUCAACAAAGCUCCAAAGAUGAGACGACGCACCUACCGCGCUCAUGGGCGCAUCAACCCUUACAUGAGCUCCCCCUGCCACAUCGAGAUGAUCCUCACGGAGAAGGAGCAGAUCGUCCCCAAACCAGAGGAGGAAGUGGCCCAAAAGAAAAAGGUCUCACAGAAGAAGCUGAAGAAGCAGAAACUCAUGGCACGGGAGUAG